AUGCGUGCGCCCAAGAUUUUGCAGCAAUGCACAGUGGGCAAGCCAACAGUUCAUAGAAUGCGCUUCACUCCCGAAGAAGACUGCCUUUUAACCAAACUUGUAUCAAUCGACGGGAUCAAUUCAUUAGAUAAGAUCGUUCCAUACUUCCCAGAACGCAACAAACGCCAACUCAAGGAGCGCUGGACAACAUUCCUCUCUCCAGAUCUUAGAGCAGAGCCAUUUACACUCGAUGAGGAUCAACUACUUGAACAUCUCAUCAACGAACUUGGUACAAAAUGGUCACUUAUAGUUAAAUACUUCCCAGGUCGUACAGAUGUUUCCUUAAAGAAUAGAUGGAAUAUGAUACAGAGACAGAGAAAAGGUAGCAAGAAGCAGAACAGAAAGAAAAUUACCCCACAGAGCUCUAGUCCAGCUCCUAUAGUUCCAAAGUUAGUUGAAGAAAAUAAUGAUUUUGAAUUCUUCUUCGACGAAGUAGCUAUGACUUCUCCGGAAAAUUGUUAUUAUGAAUAA